UGUUGGUCGGUUACUACGCGCCUCCCUACUAAACGUUCGAAAUAAAAAAAAAAACUGUUAUCUAUGGCCGUGAAAAAUGUGUAAAUUUAAAUUUAGAACUUAGUGACCACAGACUUCUCGUGCCAAACAAUGGGAUUAAGUGAACGAUUUCUAUUGAACGCGUUUUGGCGGCAAACUUGGAUGUCAGUGAGUUUGACAGAUGAACCUCCCGCGCUUUUCCUUCAGUUGUCGUAGGUACUCGCUAGAUGGCGACGCUCGCGCGCUUUGAGCGUGGCUAGCAGCUAAGCUGUCAGUCGUGCGACGACCGCCCGAUGGGAAAGACGUCCGGAGGGCGCCCCGACGCAGGAGUCCGCGCUCAGAGAUUCAGUAGUCGCAGAGAGUCAGGUGUAGCGUGGGGGCGGCGCGGGCGUGGCGUGGCGGGCGCGCGCGGCGCGGGCGCGUGGCGGCGGCGUGAGCGCGCCGGGCAUCCGCGCAGGCCCAUGGAGAUCCUUACCAGCAUCUACGCGUUGCUCGCUGGAGGGCAAGGGGUAAACCCGAAAAUCGACUCGAUAGCAUUUCGUCUUCAUUGCGGGGCUACAACGGCUGCUCUUUUGGCGGCAAGCGCGGCCCUUACCACGCGCCAUCUCGUGGGCAACCCCAUAGACUGCAUACACACAAGGUAA